AUGCUGCUCAUUUUAAGGUUGACGUUGCCCCCCAAACCUGCUCCCGUUGAGGUUAAGCCAGCAGCUGAGCUUAAACCUGCUCCCAUUGAGGUUAAGCCAGCAGCUGAGCUUAAACCUGCACCCAUUGAGGUGCCAAAACCUGCUCCCGUUGAGAUUGAGCUUAAACCUGCUCCUGUUAUGUGUAAAAAGCCAGCAAUGGUUGAGGUUAAAGGCGGAUCCGGUACCGAGUCUGACAGCGAUGACUCAGUCCCUGAUCUGGAGGAACAGGACUCUGCACAGACACAGACACAGCAGGCUCAGACGAGGAAACCUGUCAGCAAAGCCAAACAGAGCCGCAGUGAAAAGAAAGCACGAAAGGCAAUGUCAAAGCUUGGUCUCAGGCAGGUAACGGGCGUCACCAGGGUCACUAUUCGCAAGUCAAAGAAACAUCUUGUUUGUCAUCACCAACCAGACGUCUACAAGAGCCCUGCAUCAGACACAUACAUCGUCUUCGGUGAAGCUAAGAUCGAAGACUCUUCCCAGCAGGCCCAGCUGGCUGCCGCAGAAAAGUUCAAGGUACAGGGAGGCAGUUUCAACAUCCAGGAAAACACACAGACGCCAACAGUACAGGAGGAGAGCGAAGAAGAAGAGGUGGAUGAGACCGGAGUUGAGGUCAAGGACAUCGAACUCGUUAUGUCACAAGCCAACGUGUCGCGAGCGAAGGCUGUACGCGCUCAAAACAACAACAAUGACAUCGUCAAUGCUAUUAUGGAGUUGACAAUGUAAUGGGAUCCUGGCACAAAAGGGUUAAAGAAAGGUUGCUGAUUUGAGCUCGUUUAUACAAUUUAUACCCCAAGAUGGAAAUAAAGUUGUGGCUUGAUAAAAUGUAAUUUUGA